UGGGGCGGGGCAGCACAGAGCAAGAACAGAGGCCAGACAAACGGUACAUUUCCAUACCCACGAUCUUGUUUACGUUAAUAUAUAGUCAACGGGCAGUGCGUCGCGCUGAAUAAUACUGGUUUCUCGCGGUGAGAAACGCAUUGUGAACACCGUAUAGACGAGCGCUGCACGAGGGAUUGCCCAUCUGCAGCGUGCGAGGCGAGGUUCGGAAACGCUUGGGGAAAGAAGGCCUCCCCUCAGCGGUCUUAGACCUGCGGGGAAAAGUGAAGAGCGCCGCCUGACGACCGCCGUACAGCGGGGUGGCUCGCUCAGGAGACAGCGGUGCGCUGCAUAAGCUCUGGCAAAAUCUGAAGAGCGCCACCAACUGCUCGCCACAAGGUUGUUUUUAGGCUUAAGAUUCAUAUCUGGCAUGAGAAUAUAUACUGAGCCCAGUGGCUGUGACUCAUCAUAACCCCAGCAAAAGUCUUCGCAUCUGAACAGGUUUAGAACUGUUCUGAAGUUACCAUGAGUGAGCAGGAGUAUGUGGAGCAUCAGUACAUGUGCAGUGAGUGCCAGCAGCUUUUUAAUACGCUGGAGGAGGUGCUGGUGCACCAACAGAUCCACACCGGAGCAGAGGGGGACGAGGUGGAGAUCCUGCCGAGCUUUGAGGACUGUGACGCUGGAGAGAGCCAGUAUCAGUGCCUGGAGUGUGGAGCCAUCCUCAGGAACCCUGACGAACUGCUGCUGCAUCAAGAGCUGCACAUGAGAGAGGCAGGCCAGGAGCUAUGUGAGGUCACAGAGGUGGAUUCUGUCGACGCAGAAGUGCCAAUCCAGUACCAGUGUCUGGAAUGCCUGGCUCUCUUUGAGACACCUGAACUGUGGUUGGCACACAGACAGACACACAGCAGAAGCACCACCCACAGCAGCCUGAACACUGACACAGAAUAUGUUCUUCAGGCAGAUGGUACAGUCACUCCGGUUCAGUUGCUUAAUGUGCAAAAUCUAGUCCUGGAUGAACAGAGGGCAGGCCAGAUCCUGACCCUAGCCCAGGCUCUACGAGAGCAAGAAACCCCAUCUAAAACUGCAGGCGCUCCUAGAACUAUGCUAGUGCCAGCAAACGCUUCCCUGCCCGGCUCCACCUCUGCGAUGCUCCGUCUACAGUUCUGUUCCGCCCAAGCCAUCGCUGACGGUUCUGCCUCAGCUACUCUCCGAAAAGCUAAACUCCUCGCCCCUCUCUUACCUACCGAUCCUAUCCGGCUGGACAAUGUGACCACUUUGAACCUUCUCCCUUCCUCUGGCCAGGUGAACACACUAAAGAAGGAAAAUGAGGAAAUUUUAAUUAUCCAUCCUUAUGAGUGUUCUGAGUGUAAUCUGCUGUUUAGCACACCAGAGGAUUUCCUUCAACACCAGGGGGAGCACUUCUUAGGCCAGGACAAAGAGAGUGGGGACACUGGGGUGAUGGUGGGGUACGAAGACGGUUCUGGGGCUAAGGAAGAUGAAGGAAGAAGCGACGGAUCAGAAGAAUGCAGCAAAGUUGGCAAAGUUAGUGGUGGGAGACGCACGUACACUGCCCGCUCAGCUGCUUUGGGUUUGACGUCGUCUGUCUCAUCCGGCAAUCUUCAGUGUGAGGAGUGCAAAAGAACGUUCACCUCUGCCAAUCGCCUUGUGGCACACCUUCGUGUGCAUGAACAAGGAACACACGAGUGCCCAGAGUGUGAUAAAGUGUUUAAGAAGUUGGUGUCCCUUCAGACACACAUGCGCACACACUCUGGUGAGGCACGUUUUCUGUGUGUGGACUGUGGACAUGGUUUUACCACAGAGAUGACUCUUAUGAUACACAGGAAAUCCCAUACAUCUGAGCCACUGCACAAAUGCCCAUUUUGUGCCAAAACCUUCACCAACAUGACCAAGUUCUUGUACCAUCGCCGCACUCACCGAGUACGUGAGGCGACCACUCCAGUUUCUCAGUUUGUACUGGCACAGCAGUCUCCUCUCUCUAUCAUCCAGAGAGCAAGAGAACGAGAGACUGCUUGGAGGAAAGAAAGACAGUUGGUGACAAUUCCUCCUGUGAAAGAUGACAGAAAAGAGUCAAGCGGCACAGGUCCUGUGCUCAUUGAAGGUAUUGCUGUGGUCUCCCAGUCUUCAGAGCCGACAGAGAAUGGGCUUUAUGCUGAACACUCAAACACAGAACAAGACCAAAAUGGAGGGAAAAUGCUGACAGACGACCCAAACCAUUCAGCUACUGCCUAUGUGGAAGGAGGAGGAGGGGGAGAAGAGGAAGGUAUACGCAGGACUCCUGCUGCUGAGGAAGAUCCAAAGUUUCCGUGCUCUAUCUGUAAAAAAAGAUUCUCCUCGCAGGUCCGUCUGUUGCGCCAUCGCCGAACGACUCAUAUGACCGAAAGGCGUUUUAAAUGCAACAUCUGUGGGAAACCGUUCAAAAAGCAAAUCCAUCUGCGAAACCACCUGCGCACACAUACUGGCGAGCGGCCGUUCCAGUGCAGCGUAUGCGGAAAGACCUUUUCCUCUCUUGCUAAUCUUUCCCGCCAUGGACUCACACACACGGGAGUUCGUCCGUACCGGUGUGACAUUUGCCACAAAGCCUUCAGCCAGUCGUCAAAUCUACGUCAACACCGUCAGCAUCUUCACAGCAAUGCAACACCCUCACCCUGUCCAGACUGCUCUGCCACUUUUAUCCGUCCUGCUAAACUCGUAGCUCAUCGUUUUCUUCACCACCCAGGGUCGCCGGCACCUUACCCCUGCCCGCACUGUCCCGAGGGGUUCUUGCGCAAGCGGCAGCGAGACAUACACUGUCUGGAGGAGCAUCCCGACCUGACUCAGCCGCACUGCAUCUCCCAGGACACCCAGGUUAGCGGUCAGCAGGGUUCAACAGAUGACACCGAGCAACAAAGCGCUCCUUCACUGACCAAACCCAAUCUGGAUUGCACUAUUUGCGGCAAGCGCUUAAACUCUCCUGCAAAUCUUCGCCUGCACCAGCUAAGUCACGGACUUGGGCCCGGCCGGCCACGAGGCUCCAACUCCGCCCUUGGGAAGUCUCAUCCCUGUCCGGUGUGUGGAAAACUGUUCGUCUCAGCCUCAAGCGUUACGCUACACCAGAGAGUUCACACCGGCGAGCGCCCGUAUCCUUGUGCGAUCUGCGGAAAACGUUUCCGCCAGAACACGCACCUGCGGGAGCACCUCCGCACCCAUUCGGGCGAGCGUCCGUUCCGAUGCGAGUUCUGCGAGAAGGGCUUUGUGCAGAGCAUGCAUCUGGCAGAACACCGGCGUACACACACGGGCGAGCGGCCGCAUGCUUGCGGUGAAUGUGGAAAGACAUUCAAAACCGUUUCGAACCUUAGGAACCAUCGGAAGACUCACGCUCGCUCCCAAAAGCAACAAGAGCCGGAGCACAGCGGAGAAGCAGUGCUCGCAGAAUCCAACUCAGAAACCGUUACUGUUGUGGAGGCGUCUGAGAUGGACAUGGCAACAGCAAUACCAUCUUUCUGCCAGCUUGGACAGCCGCAAGUCUUUCAGAUACAGACAUCUAACCUGACACAGACUCAGGGCACUCCCACUAUCAUGUGUAAUGAGUUUGGAGAGACUAUAGCCAUCAUUGAGACCAGCGGAGACCUGGCAGAGGCCAUCGAACUGUACCACACUGCACUGGAGGGUGGGAUCAACAUGGAGGCCAUCACUGUGGACAACCUGCAGUUGUUGUGAAAGAACA